AGCUCCGCUCAUGGCAUGGAAGCUGAAGCAGCACUACGGAUAUGGGAGCGCACUUUGCUGUAUGAGACUCCGCUUCGCUUCGCAACAUUUCUUAGUGAUGGCGACACGAAAGCAUAUAACGGAGUUUGUGAUGCCAAGGUGUACGGUGCAGGUGCCAUCUGCAAGGAGGACUGCACUAAUCAUGUUGCAAAGCGCCUAGGCACUGGCAUACGCAAAUUGCCGACACCACUGCCCAGAGGUGAGAAGCUCAAGCCUGCCACCAUUGAAAAGCUGCAGACAUAUUAUCAGAUCGCCAUCACGGGCAAUAGAGGCAACCUACGGGACAUGUACACUGCCAUAUGGGCGUCCUACUUUCACUCUUGCUCCACUGAUGGUGCUGGUAGCCACAACUUCUGCCCACCAGGCCAAGAAUCGUGGUGCAAGCACAAGCGUGCUGAAGCAAUGGGCGAGCCUGCACCACAGCAUACACCACUUCUGACAAAGGCACAGGGCCGGGCACUGCUGCCCAUAUACAAGCGCCUUUCUGACGAGAAGCUGCUGGCUCGAUGCCUUCGAGGGAAAACUCAGAACGCUGCUGAGUCUCUCAACAGCAAGGUGUGGCUGCUGUGCCCAAAAACAAAGUUUGCUUCCCGAAGUGCUGUGGAGACUGCCACAGCCAUUGCUGUGCUCUGGUAUAACCGGGGCCAUGCAAGCUUCGAGGUGGUCCUGGAGGAGCUUGGUGUUCUACCACCAGCAAGCUUGACCACCCUGGGGGACUACAGCGACAAGAGGUGCAUUCAGAAGAUGAAUGCCCAACAGACUGCUGAGGCGAGGGCUCACCGCCGCACAUCGGCCAAGAGAGCUCGCCUACAGGACUCCGCUCGGAAGGACCCCGAAGGAGUUACAUACAGUGCGGGUGAAUUCUAG